AUGCAGCUAAUAAUCCAAAAGGUAAAAAAAGCACAGGUCUCUGUAAACGGUACACCCAUAUCAUCAAUAUCAGCAGGUCUGCUCAUAUACAUAGGUUUCCAGCGCACAGACACUCCCGCUGCGCUGCACAAAGCGGUCCAAAAGAUAAAAUCGUUGCGAUUGUUCGAUGAUGCUCCCAUAGCAACGCACCACCACAUCAUGUUAAUAUCCAAUGUUACGUUGAAUGCGCGUAUGAAGGGCAAUAAGCUGGACUACCACAUAAUGAUGGAGCAGGACAAAGCGAGGAGCAUGUUUGAGUGUAUGGUGCGUGAGAUGAGACGUGUGCAUGGGGUUGUUUCUACGGGACAGUUUGGAUCUAACAGUGAGGUUGAGUGUGUUGUGGAUGGACCGUUUAAUUUUUUGUAUGAGAUUGAGGGUGGUGGGGAAAGCGUAAAAAGAUGAGGAUAUGCGAUUAGGGGUACGACAUGGGAUAGGUGAGGAAGAGUGGAUGAAAAAGAGUGGAUGAGGAAGAAUGGGUGAGGAAUGGGUGAGGAAUGGGUGAGGA